UUCGUCUCCGAAAGUCUAAAAUUUAUAACGGCCACCAGAGACCUGACUACCUGAGUGACUGUAGUCUGUAAUACUGAAUUAGUAAUUACUAGUUAAUAUUAUUUAGAUAUUAAUGAUUUAUAUUUUACACUAAUAAUCUUUACGAAAUAUAAAUCGUUAACAUAUAAAUUAUGAUUAUUAAAUUCUAACUAUUGAUAACUAUUCUUUUUGUAAAUCAUAACAACACUCUUGGAUAGUGUAUAACACAAAUAGUUUAUUUAAAUUAUCAUGAGAAAAAGUCGUGCACCAUCACAACAGUUUCCACUUGUUCCUAAAGAGGAUAUUGAAAAAGGAGUAAAAGUCUUAAGAUCACCAUCUGAAAUUCUUAAACUGAUUAAUACAUGUGAUAGUACAACAAUAAAAAAUGUGUCUGGUAUAGUUCAGCCUCCUGAUAGCCAUACCAUCAAGAAUUGUAUUACACCUUUACAACCUCCUCAAAAUACAAUUAAAAACAUUCCAAAGUCUGUACAACAUAAAAGGAUAAUCAAGCCUAAUAAUAUACAUGUAUCUGAAAAUAAAGACCAACAUGAAAUUAAAGAGAAUGUUGUUCAAUCAUCAAAUACUUUAGGAAAUAAAAAGUAUAAUGUUACAUGGGGUAAACAAACAAAAAAGAAACACAAAACAUGGGAAGGUGAUGGGUACUUAAUUGUAUCUGAUAAAUUUGCAGCACUUUAUGAUUUAGAUGAUCAUAAAUUAGGUACUACUAGUGACUUAAAAUCUUUAGAUUUGGAGGAUGGUUCAAUUAUUGUUGUUGGUAAUAAACAAGUCCAGGUAUUAGAUUUAGUUACUGAAUUUGAUGCUGCAGCGACUGAAAAAUCAACUGCCAUUUCAUGUCCAGGACCUCCCCGUAAAAGAUCAAAGAUAUUGGAGGAUGUUAGUUCUCCUGAAGCACUAAUCAUGCCUAAACCUGAUAUUGAUCAUCAAUCUUUCUUCAACAAAAAAGAAGAUGAAAUCACUCCAGUUGUGCUUGAACCUUUUUUAGCAAAACAUUUAAGGCCUCAUCAAAAAACUGGCAUUAUUUUUUUGUAUGAAUGUGUUUCUGGAUUUAAAGAUCAAGAAUAUUUUGGUGCUAUAUUAGCUGAUGAAAUGGGUCUUGGCAAGACAUUGCAAACAAUUUGUUUGGUUUGGAUGUUACUGAAGCGAGGACCAUAUGGAGGUAUACCAUUGGCUAAAAGAGUACUGAUAGUGGCCCCUAGUAGUCUCAUAGGAAAUUGGGAAAAUGAAUUUACUAGAUGGUUAGGAAGGGAUAGACUAAGGCUGUUUUCUGUAGAUCAAAAAAAAAAACCCUCAGAGUUUGCUAGAUUACCUGCUCGGAGUUAUCCAGUAAUGAUAACUUCAUAUGAAAUGUUAGUACGUUACAUUGAAGAAAUUGAAAAAAUACGUUUUGAUUUAAUGGUAUGUGACGAGGGCCAUCGGUUAAAAAAUAACAGUACUAAUACAUCAUUAGCUUUAAGAAAGAUAGAAUGUAAACGAAGAGUUUUAUUGACUGGUACACCAAUUCAAAAUGAGCUUGCUGAAUUUUAUGCACUCAUAGACUUUGUUAAUCCUGGAAUAUUGGGAACGUAUUCAAUGUUUAAACGUGAGUUUGAGGAUAAAAUUGUUGAAUCUCAACAACCAGAAUGUCAUCCACAAUUAAUUUCUCUGGGAAAACAAAAAGCUUCAGACCUUAAUGAAGUAACAGAAAAAUUUAUUUUAAGGAGGACCCAAGAUGUUAACAACAAAUAUCUGCCUUCUAAAUAUGAAUCUGUAAUAUUCUGCGCAAUGGCUCCUAUUCAGUGCCGUUUAUAUGAAGAGACUGUUUCAUAUUGGGAAAAUCGUGUACAAGAAUUUGGUUUAAGUACUAUUUCACACUUUAGUGUCAUUACUAUGUUAAAGAAAGUUUGUAACCAUCCAGAAUUAUUAUUGAACAACCACAAUAACAGUGAUACUACUGAAGAGACACUAAGUCAACAUUUGAAUUGCACUAUUGUUUUAAAACAUUCAUUAAUUGAAAGUUCAGGAAAGCUUAUAGUCGUUGACAACUUAUUAAAAGAGUUGCAUAAAAAUGGUUCUGAAAAAACAGUUUUGAUAUCAUAUUAUACUCAGACUUUAGAUAUAUUUGCAAAGUUAUGUGAUAAGAAACAUUAUAAAUAUUUGAGACUUGAUGGAUCUACUGCUACUGCUCAACGAACUGAAAUAGUUAAAAAAUUUAAUGAUUCAAAUUCUGAUUACAGUGUUCUUUUAUUGAGUGCUAAAGCAGGUGGCGUCGGUCUGAAUCUUGUUGGCGCAUCUAAUUUGAUUUUGUAUGAUUCUGAUUGGAAUCCAGCUUCUGACCAACAAGCUAUGGCUAGAAUUUGGAGAGAUGGUCAAAAAAAAAAUGUUCACAUCUAUAGGUUACUAACUAGUGGUACAAUUGAAGAAAAGAUAUUCCAAAGACAAAUUAGUAAAACUGGUUUAAGUGAAGCCAUCACAAAUCCUGAUAAUCAAAAUAAUACAAAAUUAUCAUUUGAUCAACUUAAAGAUUUAUUUAAUUUUAAAAAAGAUGCUUUAUGCUCAACUCAUGAUUUAUUGGAAUGUAAUUGCGGUGGAAAAGGUCUAGUUCUUAGUGAUAAUAGUACAUUUGAAUGUGAUGAUAAAAAAUCUGAAGCACCACUGCGUGUUAAUGAAUUGAUGAAAUGGGAACAUCAUUCGUCACCUUUUAACAAAAAUGUUUUAGAAGCCAUGAACUUAUCUGGAGUAUCAUCAACUAUCCGCUUCUUGUUUAGGAAUAAAGCAAAUUAAUUGAAUAUUCAAUAAAAUAUUGGCUAUAAGGUCCUCAUACUGGUGCCUUAUAGUAUAUUACUUUAUGCCUAUUAUAAUUACACUGUAUAAUAUUUAUGUAUUAUUAAAAAAUGUAUUUAAUAUCA